GUGUCGGUGUCGGCGGUUCCGUCCGAGUUCCGACUCAACACAACUCAGAAAAGACAAUGCUGGAGCGCUGCCUGGGGCUUCGCCGCCUCCGCCAGAUCCAGCGUGCCUGCCGCCGCGGCAGCCUCACAUUCCUCUGCCUCUUCCUCACCGCCGAAACCACCACAAACGACGCAAACAACUACGCCACCUUCGACAUCUCCAAGAUCCUCGUCGACGAGGCCGCCUCCGCCGACGAACCAAAGCGCGAUCCAAACGCCCCUUACACUCUCGGUCCUAAGAUCUCCGAUUGGGACGAGCAACGUGGCCAGUGGCUCAAAAACAACCCCGAUUACCCGAACUUCAUUGGUCCCAAUAAGCCCCGGGUUCUUCUGGUAACCGGGUCUUCCCCCAAACCGUGUGAAAACCCGGUUGGGGACCAUUACCUUUUGAAGUCCAUUAAGAACAAGAUCGAUUAUUGCAGGCUCCAUGGGAUCGAGAUUUUCUAUAACAUGGCUCUUCUUGAUGCCGAAAUGGCUGGGUUUUGGGCUAAGUUGCCUUUGAUUCGGAAGCUUCUGUUGUCACACCCUGAAGUUGAGUUUCUAUGGUGGAUGGACAGUGAUGCCAUGUUCACUGAUAUGGCCUUUGAGGUGCCUUGGGAGAGGUACAAAGAUUCCAACUUUGUGAUGCACGGUUGGAACGAGAUGGUGUAUGAUGAGAAGAACUGGAUUGGUUUGAACACUGGUAGCUUCCUUCUCAGGAAUUGUCAGUGGUCUCUUGAUAUUCUUGAUGCUUGGGCUCCAAUGGGGCCUAAGGGGAAAGUCAGGGACGAAGCUGGCAAGAUCCUCACCAGGGAGCUGAAGAACAGGCCGGUUUUCGAAGCCGAUGAUCAAUCUGCAAUGGUGUACUUGUUGGCCACUGGGAAGGAGCAAUGGGGUGAUAAGGUGUACCUUGAGAAUCAUUAUUAUCUCCAUGGAUAUUGGGGGAUUUUGGUUGAUAGGUAUGAGGAGAUGAUUGAGAACUAUCACCCUGGACUUGGUGACCAUAGGUGGCCACUAGUGACUCACUUUGUGGGGUGCAAGCCUUGUGGCAAGUUUGGUGACUACCCUGUUGAAAGGUGCUUGAAGCAAAUGGACCGUGCUUACAAUUUCGGUGACAACCAGAUCUUGCAGAUGUAUGGCUUCACACACAAGUCACUCGCUAGCCGCAGGGUCAAGAGGGUCAGGAAUGAGACCAGCAACCCUCUUGAUGUCAAAGAUGAGCUUGGAUUGCUUCAUCCAGCUUUCAAGGCUAUCAAGUUGCCAACUUCAUCUUGAUUAUAUAUAUACCACCUUUAACAAAAAUUUCAUCUUGUAUCCCCACUAGUUGCCACUCAUUUGGGCCUCCAUAGUCUCUGCUCACUUCUGCAGUUAUCUAUUUAUUUAGAAUAUGUGUGGAUCCUGUAAUUGUUAUCAUUCAUCAUCUCUUUAUUUAGCAACAAAAGUUGUAAUCUUUCUUUUUGCUUUUACAGAUAUCAUUGCUUUAGUAUCUUGAGUUAUAUUGAAUUUUGAGAAGAACAAAAUUCCUUCAUCUUAGUUGUGCCUAUUCCUUCAUUUGAUUUAGUUUAGUUUAACAAUAUUGUCAUGGUACUUGUUGAGUUGUACUGAGUUUGGAGAAUAACAAAGCACCCUUGUCUCA